AUUCCAUCGCUUCUGGGGAGACCGUUCUCGGGGUUUCUUGGCCCCACGCCUACACCUUAGUUCUUUCCCUGUACAACAAGCAUUGUAUGGGCCCGCCUAUCCUAGACUAACCACUCUAACGUAGCCUUCUCGUCCACUACCCCCACCCCCUCCUCUGCGUGGGACCUGUAGUUUGCCCGGUAUUGGCAUUAACUUCCGGCCUGAGCUUUUCGGCCUCUUCGGGGAAAGAGGCUCCAAACCCGCCGCGUGAGCGAAGCGUCUUCUGUAGUUAGAGAAUGAAGACCAUUCUAAGCAACCAGACUGUCGACAUCCCAGAAAAUGUUGACGUCUCUCUUAAGGGUCGUACAGUUAUUGUGAAGGGGCCCAGAGGAAUCCUCCGAAGGGAUUUCAACCAUAUCAAUGUUGAGCUCAGUCUCCUUGGAAAGAAGAAAAAAAGGCUCCGGGUGGACAAGUGGUGGGGAAAUCGAAAAGAACUUGCAACUGUUCGAACUAUCUGCAGCCAUGUACAAAACAUGAUCAAAGGUGUUACUCUGGGUUUUCGUUACAAGAUGAGGUCUGUGUAUGCUCACUUCCCCAUCAAUGUUGUUAUUCAAGAGAAUGGCUCACUUGUCGAAAUCAGAAAUUUCUUGGGUGAAAAAUAUAUUCGAAGAGUACGCAUGAGACCAGGUGUGGCUUGUGCUGUUUCUCAAGCCCAAAAAGAUGAGUUAAUUCUUGAAGGAAAUGAUAUUGAACUUGUAUCAAACUCAGCUGCCCUGAUCCAACAGGCCACCACAGUAAAAAACAAGGAUAUCAGAAAAUUUUUGGAUGGUAUCUAUGUUUCUGAGAAAGGCACAGUGCAACAAGCUGAUGAAUAAGUUGGAAAAGAUGCCAAAGGCAGUGUCCUGAGGAGUCAACACUUAUUCAGAUGUCAAAAUAAAAAUACUUUUUGUCA